AUGAAUGUACAUAACCUUACUUUUCUAGCAAAUCUUUAAAACUCCACAAAAUGUUUUUCAUAAGAACAUCAAUAAACUUCCUUCCUCUGCUAAGAAACAAACAAAUAUACUCACUUUCAAGAUAUAGAUCACUCACGAGUUUAAAUUUAUGGGAUCAAGACUUAAAUACUGAUAUAAAACACAAAAUAGAAGAGCACUGGUCAAAGAAAUUAGCCACUGAUCCAAGUAUUAAAUACAAUGAAGCCUGUAAUGAUACAAAAGAGAAAUAUUAUGUGCUGUCAAUGUUUCCUUAUCCAUCAGGACACUUGCACAUGGGUCAUGUUCGAGUCUACACAAUCAGUGAUUCCAUUGCAAGAUAUCAAAGAAUGAAUGGAAGAAAUGUAAUUCAUCCAAUUGGUUGGGAUGCAUUUGGCCUCCCAGCUGAAAAUGCAGCAAUUGCAAACCAAACAUCUCCAGCUACAUGGACAGUCAACAAUAUAAAGCACAUGAAGGAUCAGUUAAAACAUUUAGGCUGUAGUUUUGAGUGGGAUAGAGAGUUAGCCACUUGUGAUCCAAGAUAUUAUAAAUGGACACAGGAUCUAUUCCUUAAAUUGUUUCAUGCUGGUCUAGCAUAUCAAAAGGAAGCACUUGUUAAUUGGGAUUCAGUUGAUUGUACAGUUUUAGCUGAUGAACAAGUGGAUGAAAAUGGGUGCUCAUGGCGUUCAGGCAUCAAAGUGGAAAAGAAACUGUUGAGGCAAUGGUUUAUUAAAACAACUAAAUUUGCUAAAGCUUUACAGGAUGGCCUCAAUGAUUCAAUUUUACAAGAUUGGAGAGACAUUAUUAAGCUACAGAAACAUUGGAUAGGUGAUUGCAAUGGGAUUGCUGUUGAUUUUAAAGUGAAAAAAUCAAAUGGACAAGAAACAACUAAUGAAUUACUAACUUUAUGGACUGACAAAGUAGAGCAUUUGGAAACUGUUAAAUUUAUAGCAGUAUCAAGCAACAAUUUAAUAGCUAAAAAGUCAAAACCUUUAAAAAAGUUCAAUGAAAAUACACAAGUAUUAAAUUCAGUCGCGAUAAAUCCGAUUACAAACGAAGAAUUACAAAUUUACGUUACCAAUGAGUUGGAAUUUGCUGAAGGAACCGAUUGUCAUUUAGGAAUGCCACUUGUGAAUGAAAAAGAUCAAUUAUUUUGCAAUCAACAUAAUAUAACAUAUAACAAUGAUACAAUUGAUUUAAAAUUCAAAUCUAAAGAAGAUAUAAUUAAAAAGUUAACAGAACUUAAUGCAGGUGGUUAUUACACGAGUUCAAAGUUACGCGAUUGGUUAAUUUCUCGUCAAAGAUAUUGGGGUACGCCAAUACCAAUAAUUCACUGUAAAUCAUGUGGGGCUGUACCUGUUCCAAAAGAACAGUUGCCUGUUAUAUUACCAGAAUGCAAUGAGGUGUUGGGAGUCGGAUCAGUUUUGGCCUCGAAUGAAGAGUGGAAAAAAGUGGAUUGUCCUAAGUGUGGACAGCAAGCUGAACGGGAAUCAGAUACAAUGGACACUUUUGUAGAUAGUAGUUGGUAUUACUUACGAUAUUUAAAUAGAGAUUGUAAUAAUGAAAUGUUUGACGUCGAAAAGGGUAAGAAAAUGGCGCCGGUUGAUUUAUAUAUUGGCGGAAAAGAACAUGCGGUUUUACAUUUGUAUUAUGCGCGUUUUAUAAGUCAUUUCUUGCAUUCCUUGGGAAUGUUACAAGAACGAGAACCAUUUAAACGCCUCUUGGUACAAGGAAUGGUUAUGGGGAGGAGUUACAGAGUCAAAGGAACUGGAAAAUAUCUAUCGCCGAAUAAAGUUAAUGUUAUAAAUGUUAAGAAAAACAAAGCAACCUGCAAAGAAACAGGUGAGCCUGUUGUAAUGCAAUGGGAGAAAAUGAGUAAAAGUAAGUACAACGGAACCGACCCAACUGAUAUGUUUAAUGAAUAUGGAGUGGACACAACCAGAUUACUAAUAUUGGCCGAUGUAGCUCCAACUUCACAUCGGAAUUGGAACAGCAACACUUUCCCAGGUGUAAUCAACUGGCAAAGAAGGCUCUGGCUAACAAUUAAAGAUUUCAUACAUCAUCGAAAGGAAAUGCCAGAAAUAACUAAGCAGGACGAGUUUCAAGCGAACGAGGACUACAUGUUUGAUUCGCGAAAUUAUUACGUGAAGGGCGCAACAUUUAAUUAUUGCGAUUCGCAGCAAAUAAGCGUAGCCAUUUCAAAGCUGCAAGGUUUGACGAACAGUAUAAGAAGAGCGCCUGCAACAGUUUUUGCGCGUAGUUUACAAUUUGAAAGGGCUUUAGCAUGCCAAAUUAUUUUGUUAGCACCUAUGGCGCCGCAUUUUGCAUCUGAGUUAUGGUCUGGUUUUGUUUCGGCUCCGAAUAGAUUGACAACCAAUGAAGAAAUUCAGUGGGAUAAAGGUGUGUUGGAACAGAGAUGGCCAGAUAUUGACUACGACUAUAAUCUAGACUUGGUAUGCCAGGUAAAUGGGACUGAAAAUGCUGUUUUGAAAAUGCCACGGAAAGAUUUGGAAGUUUUACCGAAAGAUGUUGCUAUAGAGCUAGCCAUGAAGCAGGCUAAAGUGCGGGAAGUAUUAGCCACACGAACAGUUAUAGAUGUUAAUUUUGUCAUACACAAAGGCUACGAAGGAGUUGUAAAUAUAGUGACAAGCGAUCCACCGCCAAAGGCCAAUGCAGAUGAUGUUGACAACUCUACUGCUGUUCAUAAUUAAAGUGAUAAAGUUAAUAUACUUAUAUUUAUUGAU